UUUUCUUAAUUUGAUUAAAAUUUCUGUUUAGUUGUUGGACCCUCUUCCUCAUGUUUUCCAUGUGUCUUUGUUGGGAAGGAAAAAACACAACCAUGAAUGAAAGGGAAGGCUUUCAGUAGUUACCAUUCGAAUUCAGAAAAUAAUUAAUUUGUUUUUGGAAACUUCCAUUCUCAUGGUUUGGAAUUGAUCUCGAUACGUUUCACCUGCGUUAAUUGCAACAUUCAAGUUUCAAAACCAUGCAUGUAGAACAGAUCAAAUGGAUAUAACUUCAGCAAAAUGUGUGGUCAACACCAUUUCUCGAUUCAUUCAUCUAGUUUCUUGCCAAACAGUGAAACUUAUACCCCUUCAGAAGAACUAUAAUAAUAUGGUUGGUGUCUUAAAGUGUUUGAAACCAGUGCUUGAUGAUGUUGUGGAUUACAAAAUCCCUUUAGACAAAAAUUUGUACAGAGAAUGUGAAGAAUUGAAUAUGCAGGUUAAUGAAGCUAUGGAGUUCAUUGAAAAACGGAGCCCAAAGAUGAGUAGGAUCCACAAUGUUCUUCUAAGUGGAAAAAUGUUAAUAAAGUUACAAAGCACUUCACUUAUAAUUUGUCACAUAAUUAAUAGAUCUUCAAUGUCAACUUCCUCUUCCUCAGUUUUGGCUAAUCUUCAGCACCAUAUGCAAGAACUUCAGAGUUUUAAGAAGGAUUCAACAACACUCUAUAUAGAAGAAGCACUGAGAAAUCAAAAGGAUAAUAUUAAACCUUGCUAUGAACAUUUAAGGGAAAUUAUAGAGUUACUUAAAUUGACAUCAAGUCACGAGCUUCUAAAAGAAAGUAUUGAUGUUGAAAAGGAAAGGUUGAAUGUGAAUGCACAAGUCAACAAAACAAAAGAGGAGUUGGAUGAAGUUAACCAAAUUAUGAAUAUUGUGUGCAUUUUGCGCGAUUAUGCGACGAAAUCUAAAUGCCCUGAAGUCAAAAGUGGUGUCUCAAUACCAUCAUACUUUCUAUGCCCUUUAUCACUGGAAAUCAUGUUGGAUCCUGUUAUUGUGGCUUCAGGUCAAACAUAUGAGAGGGGGUCCAUUCAAAUGUGGCUUGAUAAUGAGCUGCUUAUUUGUCCCAAAACUCACCAGAAACUUACUCAUACAGAUCUAAUUCCCAAUUCUACUGUUAAAGCUAUGAUAACAAAUUGGUGUGAAGAAAAUAACUUCAAACUUCCCAGUAACUCAAAUCCUGGUAAUUCGACAAAAAUUUCAAACCCUUCCGAUAAUUUAUUGCAUCAAGAUUUAGACCGUGUCAAUAGCUUGGAAUAUUCUAGUAGCAAUUCCAAUUCAAAACCAUCCAUUCAAACUAUAAAUGCAUUUGAGAAUCAAAAGGGUGAAGACUCGUCCAGAUUAAGCGGCGAAUCAAACAGAUGCCAGAAUGGUGAGACAGAAAAGUUUAAGCAACAAUACCUUGGUCCUUCACAUAGUCACAGCAGAAGUACUGAAUCAUUUUCACGUUCUAUUUCUACUAAUGUUUUUCCUGCCUCUCCUGCAUAUAAAGAAUUAGUGAAUUUUCCAUCGUUAUCACGAGAUAAGUUUCAAACCUCUGGAUCAAAAAAUACAUCGACGGAGAAUGAAAUUAAGUGCAAUAACAAUAAUAAUAAUAUUGUUAUCACUAGCCAUUCAAAUGUCGAUGCUGAUCCUGUUUCUGAUAAAUUAACCACCACAUCUCAUGUCAAUAAGUUAAUUAAAGAUCUACAAAGUCAAUCAAAUGAAACACAAGCUAUCGCCGCAGAAGAAUUGCGCCUCCUUACCAAACAUAACAUGGACAACCGUAUCAUUGUAGCACAGUGUGGAGCUAUCAUGCAUUUACUUCCACUGCUAUAUUCAGAUAUGAAGAUAACACAAGAGCAUGCUGUGACAGCUUUACUGAAUCUAUCGAUUAACGAAGAUAACAGGACUUUGAUUAUGGAAGCAGAGGCUAUAGAAGGACUUAUCAAUGUUUUGAAGACAGGAAAUAAUGGCGCCAAAGAAAAUUCAGCGGCGGCUUUAUUCAGUCUGUCAGUACCAGAAAACAAUAAGGCGAAAAUCGGUUGUACGGGUGCAAUAAAAGCUUUGGUGGAACUUCUAGCUUCUGGAACUCUAAGAGGGAAGAAAGAUGCUGCAACUGCUUUAUUUAACCUUUCAAUAUGUCACGAGAAUAAAGCACGUAUAGUUGAAGCUGGAGCAGUGAAGUUUUUGGUUAUGUUAUUGGACCCUGCUGAUGGAAUGGUUGACAAGGCUGUUGCUCUUUUGGCAAACCUGUCAACAAUUCCAGAGGGUCGACUGGAAAUUGUACGUGAAAGAGGAGUCCCUUUACUUGUUGAACUUGUGGAAUCAGGUUCUCAGAGGGGAAAGGAAAAUGCUUCAUCCAUUCUCUUGCAACUAAGCCUUCAUAGCCGUAAAUUUUGUACUCUUAUUCUCCGUGAAGGAGCUGUUCCUCCUGUAGUUGCAUUAUCCCAAUUUGGUACACUCAGAGCAAAGGAAAAGGCACAACAACUUCUUGUUCUUUUUCGUAAUCAGCGUGAUGGAGCACCAGGGAAGGGAAAAUCAUGAAGAUAAACAAUUUUGGUUACUUUGUUGCCUUUUUUCUUUUUCUUACUCCUAUUGAAGGUUGUAGGAGUUCAUUACAAUUUUUCUUUUUUCCUUCUCUUCUUGAAAACAAUUUAAAAAAAAACUGAUUUAUAAAAUAACCAUAUUAUCAGGUUUGAUACUAUGUCUCGAGUGGCAGUUGUGUUUGAGUUUUUUUAUUAUUUAAUAUACACGAAGAAAAAAACCAUUGGUGUUUAGGCGUCUUUAUUUGCAGUUCAAGUGAGUG